UCCCCUCCAGCAUGAAUACAGCACUGUUAAUCUCCUUGUCUCUGUCCUUUUUUAAUUAAUAUUAUUAUUAUUUAUUUAUUUUUUAUCUUCUUCCGUUUUUGGACAUCAGCUGACUGGAUUCCACGCAUCACGCGCGCCUCCUCCUGUUGCGACACCGCCGUCCUCUUCUGAAGUGGGUGUACACGUCGUCCCAGAGUUCUCACCUCUCUCUGCUCUUCAUUCGUUAAGUAAGUUGUUUCCUGUCAGGACGCAAGAUGAGCAACACUGAGACAAACAGUGAGAGCUUCGUUCAGAAGGCCAAGAGGGCCAGAAUGAAUGAUGAUACUGCGACCUGCACCUGGACGGCAUCCUGCAGACACGCUCAGUAAGGUGCAGAAGUACCUGGAGAAUUUCCAGCUGUCUCUGGAGAAGCUGCAGGUGGUUUCUGCUCGGCUGACGAAAGAUAUGAUCCAAGGUCUGGGGAAACACACACAUCACAGGGCAUCUGUCAAGAUGCUGCCCACAUUUGUCAGGGCGACACCUGAUGGGACAGAGAAAGGCGACUUUCUGGCGUUGGAUCUGGGUGGAACGAACUUCCGUGUCCUUCAUGUCCGUGUGGUGGAGGAGGAGCAGAAAGUCCUGAAGAUGGACAGUAAAAUCUGUGCCAUUCCACAGGAAAUCAUGCUGGGAACUGGAGAACAGCUGUUUGACCACAUAGCUGCCUGUCUGAGUGAAUUCCUCGACUCAGAGAACCUGAAAGGACAAACUCUUCCUCUGGGCUUCACCUUCUCCUUCCCUUGCGAACAGAAAGAAAUUGACAAGAGCAUCCUGAUUCGCUGGACUAAAGGCUUCAACUGCUCCGGGGUGGAGGGAGAAGAUGUGGUUAGGUUACUGAAGGAGGCCAUCCGCAGGAGAGGGGACUAUGAAAUUGGUACGGUUGCCAUGGUGAAUGACACAGUGGGUACGAUGAUGAGUUGCGGCUACAAGGACCAGAGCUGUGAGAUCGGCUUGAUAAUCGGGACGGGAACUAACGCCUGCUACAUGGAGGAGAUGAAGAACGUGACGCGUGUGGAGGGCGAGGACGGGCGGAUGUGUAUAAACACGGAGUGGGGUGGCUUUGGAGACGAUGGCUCCCUCAAAGACAUCCUGACAGAGUUUGAUGAGGUGGUGGACAAGACGUCCAUCAACCCUGGUGUCCACACAUUUGAGAAGAUGAUCAGCGGCAUGUAUUUGGGGGAAAUCGUUCGGCUGGUGCUGGUGAGACUGACUGAGGACAAGCUGCUGUUUAAAGGAAAAGCAUCGGAGGCGUUGCUAACUCCAGGAAAAUUUGAGACAAAGUUCAUCUCUGAGAUCGAGGAGGAGGACACUGGUCUGGAAACUGCUAAGAAGAUUCUCACCGAGUUGGAUCUGGACUGGGAUUCAGUUGAUGCACGCGUGGUGCGUCUGGUCUGUGAUACGGUUUCUUCACGUUCUGCCCGCCUCUGCGCUGCUGCCCUGGCAACCAUUGCCAACCGUAUCCGUGUCAACCGUGGGCUGGACCAUCUGGAGACCACAGUGGGGGUGGAUGGGACUGUAUACAGAAAGCAUCCCAAUUUCAGUGAUGAGCUCCAGGCCAUGAUGCGCCUCCUCGCCCCAAAGUGUGACGUCACCUUCCUUGUGUCGGAAGAUGGCAGUGGGAAAGGCGCGGCCAUGGUAACUGCUGUAGCACAGAGGCUGGCGCUUCAGUCCCGGCUCAAGCAGAAGUACCUGGAGAAUUUCCAGCUCUCUCUGGAGAAGCUGCAGAUUAUUUCUGCUCGGCUGAGGAAAGAUAUGAUCCGGGGUCUGGGGAAACACACACAUCACAGUGCAUCUGUCAAGAUGCUGCCCACAUUUGUCAGGGCGACACCUGAUGGGACAGAGAAAGGCGACUUUCUGGCGUUGGAUCUGGGUGGAACGAACUUCCGAGUCCUUCAUGUCCGUGUGGUGGAGGAGGAGCAGAAAGUCCUGAAGAUGGACUAUACCAUUCCACAGAAAAUCAUGGUGGGACCCGGAGAACAGCUGUUUGACCACAUAGCUGCCUGUCUGAGUAAAUUCCUGGACUUAGAGAACCUGAAAGGACAAACUCUUCCCCUGGGCUUCACCUUCUCCUUCCCUUGCGAACAGAAAGAAAUUGACAAGAGCAUCCUGAUUCGCUGGACUAAAGGCUUCGACUGCUCCGGAGUGGAGGGACAAGAUGUGGUGAGGUUACUGAAGGAGGCCAUCCGCAGGAGAGGGGACUAUGAAAUCGGUACGGUUGCCAUGGUGAAUGACACAGUGGGUACGAUGAUGAGUUGCGGCUACAAGGACCAGAGCUGUGAGAUCGGCAUGAUAAUCGGGACGGGAACCAAUGCCUGCUACAUGGAGGAGAUGAAGAACGUGACGCGUGUGGAGGGUGAGGACGGGCGGAUGUGUAUAAACACGGAGUGGGGUGGCUUUGGAGACGAUGGCUCCCUCAAAGACAUCCUGACAGAGUUUGAUGAGGUGGUGGACAAGACGUCCAUCAACCCUGGUGUCCACACAUUUGAGAAGAUGAUCAGCGGCAUGUAUUUGGGGGAAAUCGUUCGGCUGGUGCUGGUGAGACUGACUGAGGACAAGCUGCUGUUUAAAGGAAAAGCAUCGGCGGCGUUGCUAACUCAAGGAACAUUUGAGACAAAGUUCAUCUCUGAGAUCGAGGAGGAGGACACUGGUCUGGAAACUGCUAAGAAGAUUCUCACUGAGUUGGAUCUGGACUGGGAUUCAGUUGAUGCACGCGUGGUGCGUCUUGUCUGUGAUACGGUCUCCUCACGGUCCGCCCGCCUCUGCGCUGCUGCCCUGGCAACCAUUGCCAACCAUAUCCGUGUCAACCGUGGGCUGGACCAUCUGGAGACCACAGUGGGGGUGGAUGGGGCUGUAUACAGAAAGCAUCCCAAUUUCAGUGAUGAGCUACAGGCCAUGACGCGCCUCCUUGCCCCAAAGUGUGACGUCACCUUCAUUUUGUCGGAAGAUGUCAGCGGGAAAGGCGCAGCCAUGAUGGCUGCUGUAGCACAGAGGCUAGCGCUGUAAGAGGACAGUGAUGGUGAGGAUGAGGAAAAAGAUGAAGAUCAGGAUUAAUAAGAGACAACACACAACAGAUUUUUAACAGAAGUCUGGAAGUUUACAUAAAGGUGUUCAUAUUGAAAAAGAUCUGAAUGUUUUAAUACAAGUUUUGACUUGAUUUUUUUUAAUUUUUUAUAAAAGAAUAUGUUUUGCACCCAAUUUAGAAUAAUACACAUUGGUGCGUAAGCAGGAGCUUAAUUCAACUUUAUUAUAUGUUGCUGUGCAGCUUGUGAGUUUCUCCCAGGACUCAAUAAAACCGUACUGGAACCUACAGUGGAAAAAUAAAUCAUUAUUUAUUGUUGAUUCUGUUUAUCAUGUUGUAAAAGGUCUGCUCUCCACAACUACACCUGACAAUAAGCUAAACAUCUUGCAGCCAGUUGAACUGCAGCAGUGUGGGGCCCUUUAGAUUUAUUUUAAAUCUAAGGGCUCCACAAUCUAUGCAACAUCUGUAAACAUCUGUAAACCUUUCUGAGAAUGCACAGCACCGUGAUUUUGUCUACUGUCACUGUGUUGGCUGUUGUUUGAAACUGAGGUCUGAACUCGGAGGAAAACUCUGAACUCUGCUCUGCCCUCUGAGGGAUUUACUGUAUGAAGGCAGUGGCGUUUGACACAAACUCGCCUAUUUACAUGCAUAAAGGGAGAAUAAAUGGGCUUUUGUCUGUUUCUGAUCCUUGAA